AUGGCAGCGGGCCCGUGGUGCUGGGUGCCGCCGGCGGCGCUCUCGGUGCUGCCGCCGCUGCUGCUGCUGCUGCUGCUGCUCGGGGGCGCGCGCCGCCUGCGCCGGGGCCGCGCGGGGUGCCGCGGGGGCGCGCGGGGCGGGCGCGCGCUGCUGCUGACGGCGCACCCCGAUGACGAGGCCAUGUUCUUCGCCCCCGCCCUGCUCGGCCUGCGCAGCGCCGGGGCCGCCCCCGCCGUGCUCUGCUGCUCCGCAGGAAAUUAUUACAACCAAGGAGAGAUUCGUAAGAAAGAGCUGGAACAGAGCUGUUGUGUGCUGGGGAUUCCUCCUUCUGAUGUCACAGUCAUUGAUCACAGGGAUCUUCCUGAUAAUCCUGCUGUGGAGUGGGACACUCAGCUCCUGGCCACCCUUGUCCUGGAGCACAUAGAAGCCAAGAACAUCAACCUGGUGGUGACGUUUGAUGCAGGAGGAGUGAGUGGCCAUGCCAACCACAUCUCCCUCUACAAGGCUGUCAGGUACCUGCAUUCAGAGGGGAAGUUACCUGAAGGGUGCCGUGUGCUCGUGCUGGAAUCCGUAAAUCUCUUCAGGAAAUACAUUUCCUUCCUGGAUGUCCUCAUUUCCUGCCUCCUGCCCAGGGAUGAACUCUUCAUCCUCACAGAGGAGGAGACUGAACAAGCCAAGAGAGCCAUGCGGUGCCAUCGCAGCCAGCUCCUCGGGUACCGCCAGCUCUACCUGCUCUUCUCACGGUACCUGGUGCUCAACUCCCUGCGCCUGCUCUGACAGGAACCACCCCAGGAUGAGCAAAGGAUGAGCAAAGGAUGAGCAAAACCAGCACUGCCCCAGGCCCAGGACUCGGGAAAGCUCCUGUGCUAGGUGCUCAACAGGAUGGGGUGCUCUUUGUGGGGCAUUCUGCACACUACAGGCUGGGUGAGCCUCCUUCUGAGCAUCUUGUCACCUGAUACACUGAGAACAGGGCUAAAGCCUGAGAACAGGCUAUAGCUACUCUAUAUUCUCAUCAUAGAAGCUUAAAUAAGAUGAGAAAUUUGGAUUAAUUUUAAUUGGGAGCCAAGCUCCAGAGGAUUCUGAAUUGGAGAAGAUAUGGCACAAACUGUUUCCCCAACUGCAAGGACUGCUUGGCAACUCUCCCUAGGUGCUUUUGUUAGAUCCAGCUAUCAGGAGUAACUUUCCAAAGCUCAUGCUAUCUCCACAGAUACCACAACCAUAACAUCUUUGUUAUUCAGUCAGAACUUUAAAAAUCCAAAGCUAUUGAAUAAAACACCAGAAAUCAUGCAAUUUUUUCUAA